GAUAGCUGGCGGCGUCCACGACCGGCGCCCGCCGAUCGGCUUCGUCCAGGUGCGAAGCGGCUGCUGCGUAGAGUCGGAGAGUUGCGAGAGCGUUGAUCGAGGUCGAGGAUACCCCUUCCCCUCGUAGGUCUCGGACUCCACUUCCUCUCUACAAAUUCCCCACCGGGACAAACCCUAGGUGUCCCAACACUUCUAUUUCUCGCCAGAAACUCCCCAGAUAAACCAUGCAGUCAAAUCGAGCCCACGGGAGGAUGGUCGACGACGGCGAGGCGCAGGCCGUAGGUCUGAAGCAGCUGCUGCUGGACGACUACUACGGCGAUAGAGAGAUCAUGCGCAACGAGGUCCGAGAUAUGGCGAUCCGCGACGGUGAGACGGAUGAGAUGAGGUGCUCUACAAUUCAGAGGUGGAGUUUCGAGAUGCGUCGGCGCGGGAGGAGUCGGAUCGAGAACUACGAGCCACUGGUGUGGCCAUCGUGCUCCCACGGCGACAAGGGCCUGGAAGUCGUUCGCUCCAUACUGAAACAGGCGACGGACAAGCCCAUCGAGGACGCCUACCUCGAGGCAUUCCGCCGACUCCCGGCGGGCGCCAUGCCAGACCUCGUCGAGUGUGCUUAUCUCGGCGGCCACUGCAUCGGCAUCCUCGACCCCGUCGCCAACAUCAUCCUCAACACCCUAAAUCUGCUAUGCCGUCGCCGUGCCGGCAUAUAUUCGCCACCCGAGUACCUGAUCCCGCCAGCACCUAUCAACCCUCAUAUCCGCAACACCUGGUCAGGGAUUGCCUUUGACUCCUACUGUGCCCUCAUUGCAUUCAUGCAGGUUUAUUUCCGGUAUCUCUCCCAAGAACAGGCCAGGUUCUACAUCCACCUCUCAGGCGGUGACUUGUUUGUUGCCAUCUGCAUCGCUGAGAUGGAACUGAAACAGUCCACCACCAUCAUGCAAGAAAACAACAUCGCAGUCUGCCACUCUGACCUCUUUCGUGACCGGGCCAAGCUUGCCCUCCGCAUCGCAGUAAUCAAAGUCGAUCAUCCGAUGCCCGAUGAUAUUUUGUUGCUAUUCCAGGAGCAGCCCACGGAGGCCAUGAGAUCUUUGCUGCUAACAUUGGAGGAAGGGCGCUGCCUAGGCGUCGAUGACGUGGAAACCUUCAUAAAGAUUUUGCACUACCAACACCUCAUGGUUCCCCAUGACCUGCACCUCACGUUGCCUCGUGCUCCAAGCAGUGGAGCAGACUCCGACUCCUGCCCGCGGUACUGUUUCAACCUCAAUGGCCAAGGAAGCAGCAUGGCAGCAACACUUACCUUCCAGCACCAGACAACAUUCAACCUUGCCAACUUGCGUUCAUCGAAGGCUAUAUUCAGCAAGAUCAGAUCCUCCAUCGACCUCUUCCGGGGGUUCCACAUGCACACGCCGAUGGAGGUUGCCGAUGCAGAGCCCACGUGCCAGCACAUUGAGUCAAUUAAGAUGUCUCUCGUCGACACCAUACAUGCAUUUUAUGUCGGAGCUCUCGCCAAGCUGCCAAGCUCUCAUCCCCAAAGGCUUCUCCGUGGUAUACUGGUGGCAGGGCACUGCUAUGGCAUGUUGGACCCUGUCUCCAACAUCAUCAUCCAUGCUGUUUGGUACGAUGCCAUUAGUCCCCCACCACAUGAUGGCAGCUAUGAAAUUCAGCCAGAUAUCCUUGGUGCCACCACUUUGCGGCGUCUAGAGCUCAGCUCACUUGAUGGCCUUAUUGCUGUUGUUCGUGCUGCUACAAAUUUUUCGGAGCACAAGGCUGUGCAGUAUCUCCGCGAUAUACGAUGUGAUUUGUCUCACAUGUCAGUGAUGUGGCAGUCAACAGAUAAAUGUGCUCGUGUACUUCGUCAUGCUAGCAAGGCUGCGAACCACCCGUUGAAAGAGCAUCAUAUAUCUAGUCUUGGAUUCCUGUUUGAGCCUCAUACAGCAUCCAUCCUGACCAAGAUACUUAGAGAUGGAGGAAACCCUCUCUGUGAUGCCACCAUCACAAAAUUACACCUAGUGUGCAAAGAAAAAUUAUCAUUGCCAUUGUAUGGGAUUUGUCCAAAAAAUAUUGGUAUGGCAAGGUUUCCGGAGAUUACAGCUAUGAAGCAGAGGUUGGAACAGAAGCAAAUCUUUCUUCGUGGAGAGCUUGACGAACUCCUCCGCCUCUACGCCAUUCAACAUCCUUGGGAACCGCUGUAUAAUCUGGAAAUGAUCUGCGGUGUGGAGGAACAUAGGUCGUAUUCUUAUUGCCACCAUGUUAACUUCCUGGCGGUUUCCGAGGGUUCAGCACCACGAGUCCUCUUUUUUGCUCAACUUCGGAUGUCAAGAUCUCAGGGCGAACAAUCUGGUGGUGGUUCGUUUUGCUGCCCGCUUCCUUAUUAUGAUGCCAACAAUCCAUUUCCAGGACGAUGCUCAAUGUGUGAGGCCAGUAUGGGAAAAAUAAUACACCCUGCUUCUGGUGCUCACAUCGGCCCGGUGCACACGGAACCUACAAGUACAGUGGAUUAUGUAUACGCGAAUGCUCCAGUGUCAAUGAAAUGCUAUCAGACUGAUAUGGAUGACCUUGUUGAGUCCGAGUUAACCUACUGUACUGAACCAUUGGAUUACUUUUCUACUUGGUCAGAAGCUACGAUGUUGUGAUCUCUGUCCUGAAAGUUCCUUUUUUCGGAGGAACAGAAACCCAAGAAAUUUAGGGAGGUCACUGAAUGAUAAUCUUAUAAUUUGUGUUCCAUAUAGCCGG